ACUAUAAAGUCACUCUCACAGAGCCCCACUCCUUCACACAGAGAGUAGAGUGCAUGGACUUCCAGCUGCACAAAUAGAGACUUGUCCAUUGAAACUGAAAGUGAGAUUUUCUGGAGAACUUUUCUAUUUGACACUAGAUUUGAUCAAUAUGAGUUCCAUGUUCCCAGCCCAAAUCCAGUCCAAGAUGGAGCUGGCAAAGGGCAUGAAGGAGGAGGAAAAGUUGUACUGGUAUAAUGGAGUGUUGUAUCCUGUUAUUAUGUGCCCGGAGGAGAACAUGAAGGCUUUACAAAAGCUGGAAGCCAGGGAAGAUGAUAUCAUGUUAGUUGCUUACCCCAAAUGUGGUUUCAACUGGGCAGUGGCAGUGCUUCGGAAAAUCAUAACCGCUUCUUCUGGAGAGAAAACUGAGAACAAGACCCCUCCGCUUAUGGAGUUCUUUGGGCCCGAAAUGCUGCAGGUCAUUGGUCAAGCACCAUCUCCAAGGUUCUUGGGGACACACUUGCAUCCAGAUAACAUCCCUGCAUCUUUCAACGCAAAGAAAACAAAGAUGCUGGUCAUUUUCAGGAACCCUAAAGACACACUGGUCUCCUUCUACCACUUUUCAAACAAGAACCCUGUUCUCCCCACCGCAGAGUCCUGGGACAACUUCUACUCACAGUUCAUGAGUGGGGAAGUUCCAUGGGGUUCAUACUUUGAUCAUGCACUGGCCUGGGAGAAAAAGAUGGAUGACCCCAAUGUGAUGAUUGUGACUUUUGAAGAACUAAAACAGGACCUCAAUAAAGGUGUGCGUCAAGUGGCCGAUUUCUUUGGCUUCAGCCUGACUGAUUCUCAAGUCCAGGCCAUCACUCAGGAGAGCACCUUUAAUGCAAUGAAAGAGAGCUCCAAUGACUCCCAUGGACAGAUGGGCAACAUCUUAUUCAGGAAAGGUGUGUGUGUGUGUGUGUGUGUGUGGGUGUGUGUGUGUGUGUGUGUGGGUGUGUGUGUGUGUGGGUGUGGGUGUGUGUGUGUGUGUGUGUGUGGGUGUUUGGUUGUGCCUCCAAAGGAUCAUGCACUGCUGUAUAUCAUAUUUAGCUGUUAAUUGUUCUUCUACAGGUACACUCUUGCACUUUUUGAGUUUCAUGUUGUUUAAUUGUAACUUAUUUAACUGCAUGGU